GUUAAAUUUCCCUAAGCUGAGCCAUCGAGGUGAGGUGGAAAAGGAAGGCUGGGAAGCUGUACCAGAGAAUGUUUGAUCAAAUGGAUCGUUCACCCGUCUUCCCAGUCAUUCCUUCAACGUCUUAGCAACCAGAAUUUGGAUAUCAGGUAAAGUGUCAUUUUUCUUGCCUGUUGACUAACCAAUGAUCAAGGUCCUCGGGUACUUGGAGGAACUCGAUUCGCUGUUUGCUGAAAAGAUGAAGCGUGCCGCAUAUGCAGCUAUCCACGAGUCAGAAGGAGCUUGAUGGGCCUCAGUGCUGCUACCUAAAGGGUAUGCUUUUUACACGACAUACCCCGCACUCUCUUCAUUUUUUCCCCUGCCACUGCUAACCCGUGAGCCCAUCUCCGUUGCCCAAGAGUCUCGAGAUAUCCUUGAGUGUGAACAUGCCUCGACAAACAACCCAGCUCCCCUUGCGCCCAGCUGGCCCGCAGGCAGCGAAGAAGCCCUGUGUAUUCUUUACCCAAGGACGCUGUCGGAAUGGGAGCACCUGCUCAUUUUUCCAUGAUCCAGUGUUUGUCAAGGUGGCUUGUGCCGGAUCAACUUCCACUGCCGAUCAAGAUGACAAAGCUCCAACAUCCAAGAUCACUUGCCACUUCUACCUGAAAGGAGCCUGUUUGAAGGGGGACACUUGCUCCUUUGCUCACCCUGAAUCUCACAGACCACCACCUGUGGUGGAUACCAAAGAGUCUUUAACUGAUGACACAGUUGGUCCAGAGAAGGAUGAACCUGAAGACAGACCCGAUGACUGGAUGCGCCAGCUUGGUGGAGCUGUCAUACAGUUCGGACACGGCGCCGCCGUCUUGAAGGCAUCUCUCCAGUCAGACUUCUCCGCGGUCCGCAUCAGUCAGCUGCCGGAAACGAGUACCCUGGGUCAAAUCUUCCAAGCUCUCCGCCAGCUCGGAUUCGCCGUCUCCCCUGAUGAAAUACGCUUCGUACCGAGCCCUGAUCCAACCCAUCGUAUCGCUGAUGUCCGCGUGGAGGAUCCCGCCUUUGCGAGACGGCUCAUGAGCGCUGUAGAAGACUGCCAAAGAUCCCUUGGAAACGACAUCAAAGUGAUCCAAAUCAACGCGCCUAUGCCGGGGGGAUCUGGGAUGCACAGAGUCGAGUGUAAAAAGGUGCUCUGCUCCUGGUACCGCCCUUUCAAGACGGUCUGGCUGAAUUUCACAUCGCACGGUUUGGCCGAGACAAUCCACCAAAAGUACACGAGUGGGAGGUACAAGGUUCUCAACAUGACUGUAACGAGCCACGCACCCAAGAAAAGCAAAGGAUGGACGACAGUUAUGCUCACCGAAGUCCCUGCUGAAGCCACCGAAGACGAUGUUACGAAGUCCAUCCCGGCAAACAUGUCGCCUAGAAACGUGGAGACUGGAACCCCGAGCUUUAGAUACAAUGCCGAUGUGGCGAAUGCUUUUGUCAAGUCGAAGUUGAUGGAGGUUGGACCACUUGAAUGGUGGGAGGACGCCGUGUUUGGUGGAAAGCGUGCGAAGGUGAAGGCUCGCUUCCAGGACGACGGCGAUGCUGCCAAAGCGGCCUCGAUGCUGAACGGAUGGGAGCUUCCAUUCCACAAGAAGGGCAAGCUCACCGUCCAGGCUAUCUAUUCAGCACGAUUCAAGGUCCAAGAACGCAUAUAUCAAGCCAUCAAACCCAUCAUCAAGGAACAGAGCCCUAUGUGGCAAGCAAAAAAGGUGUAUCUGGCUGCCUAUGAGCCUGCCAAGUUCUCUUCUUCACGCGCCUUGAAGUUUGAAGGUGAAGAUAACAAGGCAGUUGCGGAAGCAAAGCGUACCUUGGAGCAGAUAUUGGAAGGACGUCUUGCCACCGACAAAGGCAAACCAAUCUGGUCCCCUGCUUUCACCGUCAACGGCGAGGUCUUUCAGAAAAUAAAGGAGCUUGAGCAGCUUUUCGGCAUCGUAGUCAUUCGCAACAAGAAACUAUUGCGGGUAUAUCUCUUCGGGUCGGAAGACAAAUGCAAAGAAGCCGAACCAGAACUUGCAGAAAUCGCCCAGCAGGACUCGUCAACCGCCAACAUCAUCAAGCUGGACGCAAGCCAGUUUGCCUGGGCUUUACGAGGUGGUUUCAAGUCCAUCGCCGAGAUUCUCGGCCGCAAGGCCACCUUGAAUGUUGUCUCAGAGCCCAAGCAGAUCGUAGUGACGGGAUCAACAGAAGACAUCAAGCUCGCCAUGGACAUGGUCAAAGCGCAGGAUGAAUUCACCGAGAGUAGCACCGCCAAACCAUCCAUGACUGAAGACUGCUCGAUCUGCUGGAUGGAACCCGAAAAUCCGCUCACCACCCCCUGCAACCACACCUACUGCACUGACUGCUUCGAAUCCCUCUGCACCUCUGCGACCUCUUGCAACAAAACCAACUUCAUCCUUCAAUGCGAAGGAAGCUCGUCCAAAUGCCAGCAACCCCUUUCCCUCAACUUUCUCCAAGACCAUCUAUCAUCCCAGCUAUUCGAAGACAUGCUCCAAGCGUCCUUCCAGUCUUACGUCUCGCACCGGCCCGACGCCCUCCGCCACUGCCCAACCCCGGACUGCCGACAAAUCUACCGCGCCGCCACUGGCACCUUUACCUGUCCCAACUGCCUCACCCCAGUAUGUACCACCUGUUUUGAAUCACACCAGGGCAUGACUUGUGCCGAUCACAAGUUUGUUUCGUCUGGCGGGGACAUAGCCCUGAAGGAAGCCAAGCAGCGCUUGGGGAUCAAGGAUUGUCCCAAGUGCAAGACUGCCAUGGAAAAGACGGACGGGUGCGACCACAUGACUUGUGGCGGCUGCGGUGCUCAUAUUUGCUGGAACUGUUUGAAGACGUUUGGGACGGGGGCUGACUGCUACGCGCAUAUGAAUCGGGCGCAUGGUGGCAUCGGGAUUGAUGUCAGGUUUUGAGUUGUAUCCACGUUCAAGAUACGACAUAUGGAUGCUGGCCGUAUCAACAUGCUUCUCAUUAUUACCGGCCAUUCUCCUUUGUAUCAGUCGACCUCUUAAUUGCUACUGGUUGUUGUUGCUUUGAGGCAUCGGUCUUGAAUUAACCCCCAUUGGGAGUGCAAAGCUCGAUCAUUUGAUAGUUAAUAUAUUCAGAAGGUACAGACCCCCAAACUCUCCAUGGUCCCAAAAGAAUAUCCGGU